AAUGUUUAUAAUUAGUUCGCUCUUGAGAUUAAUUGCAUUCAUUCAAAUAUUGUAAAAUAAAUUUUUUAAAAAUAAAUUUUGAAAACCGAAAUUUAUAAGUUAAGUCACCUUUUUUUUAAGUUAAUUACAAUUACUAUAAUCUUUCAUUAUACAGAUUAUACUGUAUAUUAUAGUGCUGUCAAAUUUUUUGAGGGCGGCUAGUUUAAUGUUUAUUAUUGCAGACGGUAAUAAAAAUAACGUGAAUGAGGUGCAGAUGCAGCAAUUUUUGUCUGAAAUAUGAUUUUUUUAGAAAUAUGGAAGAAAAUAGAGGAAGAAGUUUACUUUGGCAUUACUUCAAUAAAUCUGGAACUGGAGAGACCUCAGUUUGUAGAAAAUGUAAAAAAAUAUUAAGUCAUGUGGUAACACUACCAAUUUAAAGAAUCACUUGAAGACAAAGCAUCCACUUCUUUACGCUGAGAUGCAAAAUAUUCAUCGAACAGAUAAAUCUGAGAGUACUGAAAUAAGCGAUGAUGAAUCAAGAAUGUUGAGUUAUAAAGAGGAAAUGGAAGAUCUUUUGUCGGCAAGCAAUAUCGUGAUCCAAACUACUGAUGUAGACGAAAUCUCAGUAGCAUCGACAGAAUCGAUUUCUUCUUCAUCACAGAUACCUCCAUUAAUACAAGUCCCUUCAACUUCCAAACAAGCGUCUAUAAAAAGCUUUACGAUGACAAAAAAGUUACAAACCAAAACCGACACGGCUUUGGCUUUUUUCGUAGGUGCAGAAAUGAUACCUUAUAAUAUAGUAGAAAAAGACGGUUUCAAAAAUUUUUUACAAGUUUUAAAUGGAAGCUAUAAAUUACCUAGCAGAAACACAUUGUCACAAAAGUUAAUUGCUAAUUUGUUUUAAAACAAGCCAAAUUCAUAUCUUGUGCCACCGAUUGCUGGACUUCCAUUGCAAACAGGUCCUAUAUCGCCCUUACAUUACAUUUUGUAGACGAAAAUUAUCAGUUAGUAAGCGUUUGUUUGGGCUGUUAUGAAUUGGAUGAAAAUCAUACCGCUGAAAACUUACGUAAUAAUAUAAAUCUUAUUUUAAAAGAGUGGAGUAUUGAAGAAAAAGCAAAUACAUCGUUUACCAGAUUACGGAAGUAAUGUAUUAAAAGCUAUUAAGGAUAUGGGAAUAGCCCGUAUAUGUUGUUUUGGACAUGCAAUUAAUAUUGCAGUAAAUAAAUGUUUUGAAAAUGCAAAAGUAAGCGAAACUAUAGGUAAAAUUCAAAAAAUUCAGAAUAUUUUUGCACAUAGUUGGAAAGCUGUUAGAGAUUUAAAGAUAAUUAAGAAAAAAUACAACACUAAGGAAACAAAAAUUCCUUCCUUGUCUAAAACGCGAUGGUGGUCUCUUUUAAAUUUAAUCAAGAUAAUUGUUCAAAAGAAGUAAAUUUCUUAAAUUUUUUACAAACUUAUAAUAAUGGACAUUACAAAAAGCAGAUACUAAACGCUGACGAUUUGAAACUCCUGAAUGUUAUCCUGGAAUUACUAACUCCAAUUCAAAACAUUUUAGAAACUGUAGAAAAUUAUGUAACGGGAUCUCCCAUUCUACCUAUUUCAUUGGAAUUAGGUAAAACAUUGGUAGAUGAAUACAAUGAAACUGAAAUUGAUGAAGACAUUGUAGAACUAAAAAGAGAAAUAGCUUCAUUAAUUUUAAACACACUUAAUAAUAGAUAUGAAAGCAACGAGAAAACUCAUAAACUAUUGCAGACUGCCACCUUCAUGGACCCACGUUUUAAAGGAUACUUUUUUAGUUCUGCAGAAAACCAGAUAAGUGAAGAUAUAAUAUUACUUUCAACUUAGUUGCGAAUUAGAAGUAAUUCCAGUUUCUGAGAAUAGAGCUGCAUCAUCAAGAAAAAAGAAUAGCGGACAUUCAUCAAUUUUAAAUCUAUGAAAACUGUUGAAGGAAGUAAUACUGUGAGUUUAAAUCUAAAAAUUAAAAAUGAAAUCGAACAAUAUAUGAAUAUACCAGUCAUUGAUGUUAAAGAAGAUCCACUGAUAUGGUGAAAAUAUAACGCACUUUUAUUUCUUUUUCUCUCCCAAUGUGCAAAAAAGUUUCUCUGUAUUCAAGCUUCCAGUGUUUCCUCUGAGCGAGUAUUUAGCAAUAGAGGUCAAAUAGUAACUGACCUAAGAGCGUCACUAACUUUGUUUUUUUAACUAUGAAUAAGACGUUUGUUAACAUUCCUAAAAAUUUAUAAUAAACAUCUUUCAAGAUAAAAUUUUCUGGUUUUGAAAGCGUGACGAGUAAUAUUGUUAUUUUAACGUGUAUGUGCUGUCCUAAUUUAUUUGUUUUAUAGAUACAAGUUUUCAAAUUUUUAUCCCAUUUUCAUUUAUACAUCCAUUGUAAACAUUUUAUUUAUAGUUUUUUUUUUAUUUAUACAAUAGAUUUAGGAUCUUUUAUUGAUACAGUAGAUUUAGAUUUUUAUUUAUACAAAAAAAUUUAUAUAUACAUAUAGUAUUCCCAAUAUGCAGUCAGUUGUUGGAUUCACUGAAAAUUAUAAUAGUGAAAAUAAAAA